UCGCCGACAAGCUCGACACAACGAACCUCGAUGAGGACGCCGCUGCUGCCCCCAAGACCAGCUAGAGCACGAAAUUCUCCUAUCGAAAAAAAAAGUUAUAUAAAGAUACCCCCUUUCUGGGUGCUGAUGCAUGAUUUUGGCGUUUCUUUCUUUGUACACUUUCGUAGCGAGAAGACGUCCUUUUUGCCUGAAUAUAUGCACUUAUGAACUGCAGAUGUACUUCCUCUUAGCCUUCUCUUUCCGUUCCUUCCCAUGUGUAUGGAGUACUUUCUUGCUUAUCUGCUCGAUGAUCUUGCUCAAGCCGUGCCGUGCAAGCGGUGUGUCUGAUCAUCACACCUCCUGCAUUGUGAUAUGCAAUCAAGGAAGCGUGUUAUCCAAGGAAAACAGGGAUGAUUUCAAGGUCGACAAGGAAAGGAAUCUUGGAAAGGAAAAGCCAUCAUCACUAGCGGGAUCUCGGGACGAUCAAACACCUGGAGAUGCGAAGGCGGAGGAUCGGCUCCCCAGGAGAGUUACAUUGGUACAAAUCACAUGAAGGGAUGAACAUAAACAACAAAAAGGAGUCAAGAAAUUGAAAAAAAGUGGUGGCGCAACUCGAAUCUGUUUCGGGGAGAGUGAUGAUCAUUUCCAUUCCAUAUAGCAAAAAUAAGCAAUUAACGCCUUCAUUCAUUAAUCCAUAAAUGCCUGUGAGCAUUAAGAAAAGAAAGCAGAAACA